AGUCCGCUUGUUUUCUUUUCCGAGAGACGCUAAGCGAAGAGCGGAAUGGCAGCGGGCUGUGCGACGGAGCGACGUCGACGUGAGGCUGUUGAAGGACCCCAAGGUUUGCGAGCGUCACUUCAAGUCGGAACACCUGCGCACAACGUCAACGUAACGGACUGCGAUGGACGAACCAUUGAAGCUCCUAUGAAGUUGACACGGCUGACUCCAGACGCCUUCCCAGCCAUUUUUCCAGACUGCCCUUCGUAUAUCUCGGAUUCGCGCACGUCGCGAGAAGAGCCUGAACUGAAAAGGAAGCGGACUGAAAAUGAGCUACUCCAGAAAGCCAUACACGAGUCCCAAGCAGCGUUUGAAAAAGAAGAAAAACAGUACAAAGUUUGUAAUCUGGGUGAACUGAUUUCUCGGGUUAACGAGCGUCCGAAUAAGAAGUUUUGGUGUACAACAGCCUGCGAGACGUGCCUCAUCGUCGCCCACAUCGAACCGGCGUUGCAAGCUACGGAGAUGCUUGUAUCUGUGGUGGUUACAGAGGAUCUGUCCGUUUCCGUGUAUUUUAAGUGCGUUCCGUUGGUGUCGGAUGAUGUGUGCAUUCCUGACGAAGUCCGUGAUGUCCGUGUGCUGGACAACCUUCUAGACAGCGUGGAGCGAUAUUGUGAAAAGAAGGCCCGUCAACAGGAGGACAAGGUGGGAGGAGUGCUUAGGCUUGUUUUAUCCUUGCUGGAUGACAUUUGUGAUGAUGAGCUGCAUGAUGAUGAGAGGGCUGACGCACUAAUCUUCCUGAAGGAGCAGUGCAAGCUGCUGACAAAGAAGAGUAAUGGCGUGCGGUAUUCUGCAGAGCUUUUAGUCUUUAGCAGUAUAUUGCACACAAUUUCUCCACAUGCUUACAAGUUUUUUCGCCACAGCAACAAGCUUGUCUUGCCGCAUGACACUACCAUCAAGCGAGUUUGUGCUGCACAUGAUGUGAGCCCAUCGAAAGAGCAGUGCGAAGAAGGUUUUCUGGGGUACAUUAAGCGCAGAGCAACCAUUCUGAAGCCUCAUGAAAAAAAUGUGACUGUCAUGCUUGAUGAAAUACACCUGCAACAGUUUUUUGAAUAUAAAGGUGGCUGCCUAACAGGGUUUGCUGCGCAUUGUGCGGAACCAGCAAAGACAGCGCACGUGUUCAUGGUACAGUCUUUGCUUUCAUCUUAUAAAGAUGUUGCUCAUAUCCUUCCGGUAACUCGUAUCACAGCAACGGAGCUGCAUGAUGUUCUAAAGACACUAAUCAUGAGGCGAAAGUGCUGGUCUGCAUGUUGUUGCGGUCGUAACAGACAACAAUGCCAUAAACAGGAAAAUGAUGUCUCUGUUUAGCGAGCAAAAUGAGCCAGGGAUUGUUUUUCCUCAUCCUGCCAACCCGCAGCAGCCAUUGUUUCAUGUUGUGGACACUGUUCACUUGCUCAAGUGUAUACGCAACAAUUGGCUCAAUCAGAAGGAUGAUGACAAGU